GAUGUCCACUCAUGUGUGUACAGAUCUUCAUCUUCAUCUUCAUCAUUUUCAUUCUUCUCUCCAUUUUCUUCUAUACCUCUUUCUCAUUAUCAUUACCAUUCUAACCAACACAACACUUAAACUAAACUCAAGAGAAAAAAAAAACCCAAAGUACAAAACAAAUUACCUUCAUUAUAUGACUAAAAGAUCUAAACAAAUAGUACUAUAUAUAUGUAUGCAUAUAUGACUCAUUUGCUAAGGAGUUGUCCUAACACAUCACUAGAAUUCCGUACAGGGUCUUCCUAUGGAUUCUCAGUUUUUAGUAAAAGAAGCAAUUUGAUUAAGUCUAAGGAAUUCAGUAGAAGAAAUUUUGUGGUGCAGAGUUGUAGUACUUUGCCAGCUGGAGAAGUGGGAUUGGUGGAGAAUGAGACAACUCAAAUUGGGACUAAUGUUAAGGUAGAUUUGGCUACUCAGUUUGGUUGGAAAGUCAGAAGAUUGGCUCCAAUUGGUGAUGAGAUAAGAGAAGCUGCUCAACUUCAAGCUCUAUCUUUUUAUGAACCCACUUUUAUCUUUAAUGACUUUUUCUUUGAGUUAUUUAAGGCUGAAGUGCUUGCUGGACUUUUGUAUAAGCUAAGAAACUCACCCCAAGAUAGGUAUGCUUGCUUGGUUGCUGAGGCUGAAUUAACUGGUGAUGAUGAGAAAGCUUCUAGUUCAGAUUCCAAACAAGGACUUGUUGGAGUGGUAGACGUCACCGUUUUGAGAGACCAAAACGUACUUAACCAUCUUCCACCUGAUUCACAAGAAUACCUUUACAUCUCAGGAAUUGCUGUCUUGGAAAGUUUCAGGAGGAGAAAAAUAGCAACUGUGUUGCUAAAAGCUUGUGACAUAGUAUCAAAUCUAUGGGGUUUCAAGUACUUAGUUCUGAGAGCAUAUGAAGAUGAUUAUGGUGCCAGAGAAUUGUAUUCAAACGCAGGCUAUAAAGUUGUUUCGGUUGAUCCGCCAUGGCAGACCAGUUGGGUUGGAAGAAAACGCCGUGUUCUUAUGGUCAAACACAACAAUCUAACUCCAUAGUUACACUUGUACAUAUUAUGUGUCUUCUUAACUUUAUUCCCAUAACACUUUAUAUUCCAAUCUUUAUAAACCCACUUUUUAUUGAUGCGUUUCAACAAAGUAAAAGAAGAAAA